AUGAUUACAAUCUCCAACGAAGCUUCAGUCAGAAAUCUUCACACUCAGAUUCAGCAACAGUUACCACAGCCAUUCAGAAAUGUUCCAUUUUAUCUUCGCGCAUUUCGUUCUGGGCCUGUAAGAUACGUUACUAUGAAAGAAGAAGGGUGCUCGAUUUCUGAAUAUUUUGAUAAGAAUAUCACUAUGGACGUUCACCAUGUUUUUGUAGAAGAGGAUUGA